AUGGAGCAUAGAUGUAAGCUCUGCAACAAGACCUUCUCGAGUGGCAAAGUCUUGGGAGGUCACAUGAGAGGCCAUGGAACAAAGAAUUCGGCUAAAGCAGAGAAAAAGCUCAAAGUGAGCAACGUGGAUUUUGAAGGUGAUGACGAUGAGCAUGCUGGUUAUGGCCUAAGAGUGAACCCCAAAAAGUCAUGGAAAUUUUCUGGCUCAAAGGUUCAAGCUUCUGAGAAAGAAAGCCUCUGCAAGGUCUGUGGAAAAAGGUUUGAUUCAAUGAAAGCUAUGUUUGGUCACAUGAGGCAUCACUCGAGCAGAGAAAGGAAGGAGACUCAGUGUUGCAAAGAUUGCGGUAAAGCAUUUGAGUCACUGAGAGCUCUAACUGCUCAUACCAAAAUUCACUCAAAAAGGCUCAGGACCUCUGAUGGAUCGCAGAGCAUUUCAAGCGAGAAGCUUUUUGUGGAUUUCCAAUACAGCCCUGAGACCAUGGGGCUGAUCCGGAGGAAAAGAUCGAAAAGAUUAAGGUACAAGAUCACUCCAAGUUCUUCUUUUUCUGGUAUGAAUGAAUCUAAAUAUGCCACUGAAUUUGGCCAAGAAGUAGUAGAUGGGGCUAUUUGCUUGAUGAUCAUCUCCAGAGGUGGAAGCAAUUGGGGUCGAAUUAGUUCAGUAACUGAGUCUUCAGAUAACAAUUCGUUGUCUUUGGAGGUUCAAUCGCCAGUCCAAAAGAAUCGGAUCAUGGGAAAUAGGGGUGGCAUUUCUGUUUGUAAUGAUACUGGGAACAAAAUAUUUGAAUUUGGUGAAAAUGAUUCUGGGUUUGCAAGUGAUGAGGAAAAGAUUGGAAAAUUGGAAGUUCCUAUUGACAGGUUUUACAGGGGUGCAGAGUGCAAAAGGCCUAAACUAGAUGAGGAUUCUGCAUUUGUGGGGUAUGAUGCUGAGAUUGAGAAGGAAAGUCAUGGAGAGAUGGAAGCCAUCCUCACUGAAGUCACUGAAGUGGAAUUGGAUGUGGAUAUUAUAGAGGAAGAAGAGCUGGAUGUAACUAAAUUGGGCUCCGUGAAGUCUGGUAUGAAGGCUUGUGAUUCUGGCAAUAACAUGUUAUAUGGUACUGAAUCUGAAAUCUUUGCUGAUUCUCGGAAGAAAAGAGAACACAAGUGCAGGACUUGCAAGAAGCUUUUCCGCUCUCAUCAGGCACUUGGAGGCCACCAAAGAGUUCAUAAAGCAACUAACAACUGUUCUGGAGAGAAGAUUGAGGACUCUGAAGAUAAAAUUCAGAUUAACAAGCUUUCUAAGAUUGAGUACAGUUGCAAGCUUGCCAAGCUUGAAUGUACUGAUAAUUCAGAGGAGCAGAAGAUGGAAAGAGCAACUGUGACUGAUUUUGAAAGUAAGGUUCACAGGUGCUCCAUCUGCUUAAAGGUGUUUGCAACAGGCCAAGCUUUGGGUGGUCACAAGAGAGUUCAUUUUGGUAAAGAUUCUGGGGCAGGAACAGAACAGACCAGAGCACUGAAGCAGCAGAUUUCUGAAAUCUGCGAUGUCUUUGAACUAAGUCAACCAGUCAAACUUAAGGAAGAGAAUGGUGAUGUUGAAUUCAAGUCCUGGUGGCUUGGAAAUGAACAUAAACGCGAGCUACUGGUGGGUCUGAUGCCCAACUAA